UUUUUGUUAGUAUUUUCAUACCCUCGGCAGGUGACGUGCCAACACAAUCCGGGACGUGUUUCAAAAAUUCAAAGUGUUCGUCCCAUUGCCUUGUUGGCUUUGCAAUAUCUUGGCUAACGCAAAACCCAAAAUUGCCGUCCUCUUCUAAAUAUAACGACCACCAUGACCGUCUUUCAUUUACCACCUUGCUCCCUUGGUUUUUCGUGAAAACUCCCGCAUCAUCUCUCUAUCGUUCUGUCCCUAUUUCGGUAUUAUCAUUUAUCAGACUCUCCUCUACACCAACUGUUUUUUCAGAGAAAGCUUCCGGGAUCAUCGUUACUAUCGAGACUUUGCUUGGCGGGUUCCUUUGAAGAGACUGGGAUAAGUCGAAUUCUCUUCUGAAUUUAGCUCUUAGGUGGCGGUUUUGCAAUUUAGAUGGAAUUUGGUUGGUGGACAGGUGGAGAGUGCAUUUAUUAUGCCUUGCUUUCUUAAUGACUUUGAUUAGUUGUGACCAGCUUACAGAGAUGACAAGUGAUGAAUGGGUAGCCUCGUCUGACACAUUUGACAAUAUAUUUGAAUGCAAGGAUGGGGAUAGAGCCUGCUCAAAGGAAAGGAAGGGAAAGAGACUGUGGAUGAAAGUCAAAUAUCAACUUAUUGAGUACCACGCAUUGCCAGGAUUUUUAAGGGAUAACGAGUUUAUUCUGGGUCAUUACCGAUCUGAAUGGCCAUUGAAGCAUGUGCUCCUCAGCAUCUUCUCCAUUCACAAUGAAACUCUUAAUGUCUGGACGCAUUUGAUUGGAUUCUUCCUUUUCCUCUUUCUGACCAUAUACACGGCAAUGCAAGCUCCUAGUGUCAUGGAUCUCAGUUCCCUCAAACGUUUGCCUGACAUGGUCAAACAAGCUGAUUUACACAAGAUUCAUUCAGAACUGUUGAAUUGCCUUCCUUCACUACCUAACAUGCCAGAUUUUCUUAAGUUAAAGGAUGAAUUAAGGACAUCAUUGCCAUCUAUGGAUUUCCUCUCCUCACUCUCAAGCUGGCAUUUUGUGCAACUCCUCACCAACUGCUUGCGUGAGCGGUUCUCCCAGCAUGGUGUGAAAGAGGAUGUGAUGAACACGAUUGCACCCCUAAUGGUCCGGCCAAUCACAAGAUGGCCCUUUUUUGCCUUCUUAGGUGGGGCCAUGUUCUGCUUACUAGCCAGCAGUACAUGCCACCUCCUCUCUUGCCACUCAAGGCGCCUUUCUUACAUAAUGCUCAGACUUGACUACGCAGGCAUUGCAGCUCUCAUUGCAACUUCCUUUUACCCUCCUGUCUAUUACUCCUUUAUGUGCAACCCCUUAUUCUGCACCCUCUACUUGAGCUUCAUAACUAUUUUAGGGAUUGCCACCAUUAUUUUCUCUCUGUUUCCAGCUUUCCAAACACCCAAGUUCCGGAGCUUCCGAGCUUCCCUCUUCUUCGGAAUGGGCAUGUCAGGUGUGGCACCUAUAGUUCACAAGCUAAUAAUGUACAGGAAUGAGCCAGAGGCCCUCCAAACCACCGGCUAUGAAAUAUUAAUGGGGGCUUUAUAUGGAUUAGGAGCAUUGAUUUAUGCGACAAGGAUACCAGAACGGUGGAAGCCUGGCAGGUUUGAUAUUGCUGGACACAGCCACCAGCUUUUUCAUGUCUUGGUUGUGGCAGGGGCAUAUACACACUAUCAGGCUGGUCUAGUCUACCUCAGAUGGCGGGACGUGAGAGGUUGUUAGAUUUGAAACUCCCAACUGCGUGCUAGAUGGAUCUUCUUAUGGUGUCUUCACUCUUCAACCUGAAUUAGUGAUAUAGUUUUUCCUUGCGGAUAAACUUAAAAGACCAUUUUCUUAUAAAAUGCAAGGGCCUUGCAUUUCAAAUGUAAUUGGGAUUGUAAUGAAAUGGGGGCUCAGCCCAUUAUCGGUCAUGAAUACAAACCACUUUCAAAUGAA